AUGGGCCACGGCAAGACCCUCUCCCAACAAGAGUACUGGUUUAUCGUCGGUCUCCACGACGGAGGCGUCUCUCUGCACGAGAUCGCUAGGAAGACAGGUCGGUCCCGUACGUCCGUCCGGAACGCAGUCAAGGCGGAGCGGGGACGGAAGGAAGACAGGGGUGGAGAGCGAAGGGCUGGGCGGCAACCGGCACUGACGGAACGAGAGCUGCGGCAGCUUGUGCGUGCCGCGGCGACAGGUGAGUUCUUUGCUGCGGAGCUCAAGACGAAGUUCGGCAUCAAGGCGUCCGUGAGGACGAUCCAGCGGGUUCUGCAGCGUAUUACAUACUGA